AGAACGAUGCCACUUGCUCUGUAUGCCUGUCUCCUCUGGCUCUCCGCCAGUGGCCUCGUUUCCACACAAAACAGCAUGGACAGGAGUGCAAUGAGCUCUCACCGAGGCCUAGCUCCCACCAAUGUUGACUUUGCCUUCAAUCUGUAUCGUCACCUAUCAGCCUCGGAUCCUCACAAGAAUAUCAUAAUCUCCCCCGUGAGCAUCUCCAUGGCCUUGGCCAUGAUGUCCCUUGUCGCUGUAGACUCCAAAAAGACCCAGUUUUUCCAGGACAUGGGUUUCAACACCACAAAGAUCAGUGAAGAAGAGAUCUAUCAGGGCUUCAAGAACCUCAGUCAACUUCUCAGCCACACAGACAGCAGCUUGAAGAUGAACAUGGGCAACACCGUGUUCCUUGACCAGAGCCUGAAUAUGAGGGACUCAUUCUUAGCAGACAUCAAACACUAUCAUGAGUCAGAGGUCUUGACCACCAAUUUCAAGGGCUGGGCUGAAGCCCGUGAGCAUAUCAACAGUCAUGUGGCGAAUAAGACACAGGGGAAAAUUACACAUGUGUUCUCCGACCAGGAUAGUCCAGCUGCCCUCAUCCUGGUCAACUACAACCUCGUCAAAGGCAUGUGGGAUCUUCCCAUAAGCCCAGAAAAUACCAGGGAUGAGGACUUCCACGUGAGCGCGACUAGCACCGUAAGGGUGCCCAUGAUGUUUCAGUCAGGUGUCGUCGGUUAUCUUCAUGACCCAGAGAUCCCCUGCCAGCUGGUACAGAUGAAGUAUUUGAAAAAUGGAACUACCUUCCUCAUCCUUCCAGACAAGGGCCAGAUGGACAAUGUCAUCGCUGCACUUAAUAGGGACACAAUUGAGAGGUGGGACAACCUUCUGACCAACAGGCAGGUGAACCUGUAUAUCCCCAGAGUCUCCAUGUCUGCUACCUACAACCUUGAAGAUGUGCUGGCGGACAUGGGCUUCACAGGCUUAUUCACCCAACAACCAGAUUUCUCAGGCGCCACCCAGGAUUCUCCACAGAAGGCAUCAAAGAUAGUUCACAAGGCCGUGCUGCAACUGGAUGAGACGGAUGAACUGCCUGUUGCCAUCACAAAGGCUCCCCAACAGCAGACAUCUGACCCACUCACCCUCACCUUCAACGAGCCCUUCAUCAUCAUGAUGUUUGACAGCUUCACGUGGAGCAACCUGUUGUUGGGCAAAAUCAUGAAUCCAGCUUAG